UUGGUGAUGCAUUCAAACACGUAAAACCCAGAUUCCUUUUAAAUGGACACAGGUUUGCAGCCACUGACUGCCUUGUGUUGGUCCCCACAGCCACCCACUUUACGUCAGGGGGGGAAGCCAGUGUAUUUCCUCCCGUUCUUUAUCUAAAGGAAGUGCCAAAAUAAGCAUCAGCUUGCCCAAGCCUGGACACCUUUUCCACUGACCACUCUGCUGCAGUCUGAGGAAGAAGUCGGAGGAGUUCAAGGGGCCGUGGAAUCACCAUGAAGACUGCCAGGGUUGUUGUCCUGGUUCUGCUUGCAUUUGUCCACAAUCUAACACCAGUUUCAUCAGAGGAAUCAGAACCAUCAAAAUCAGAAACAGGAGGUCUACCAGGUGACUCAGGCCAACUAAAAUCAGACGAAACGCCAGGAGCACCAGCACAAACACCAACACCAACACCAGCACCAACACCAGCACCAACACCAACAACAACACCAACACCAACACCAACAUCAACACUAACACCAACAGGCACAAAAGCAGGAGGCCUACUCACAGUCUCAACAGCAGCACCUACAACCGCCCGAAUAACUCCAGCUCUUUCUCCUGUUUCCCCCAAUGGAAACGCCUCAGUGACAGAGAAGCCUGCUCCUCCUACAGCAGUACCAACAGACCACAAGGCUGUAACUGGUACACCUGCUGUUGUUGACUUGCCAAACAAUGACACUAUGAAAAAUGGCACUGGGCAGCCAAGAUCUUCUCAACACCCUAUCUCCAUUUCUGGAAAUGACUCAACAGAGAUAAUAAAUGUCAAUGACACUAAGACACAGAAGGGAAUUGAAGAGACCACUGAGAAACAGAAAACAGGAAAAG